CUCUCAAACCCACUCGAAAUCCAGACGAUCAGUCAUAGAGAUGGAGUACUCCCACCUCUUACCUGUUGUUUUGGCCUUUUCAAUAAUAUUUCUCUACUCUCUGAUACUAAAAUACUCCUCAAGGGUAGCGAGAAAACUCAACCUUCCACCGCAAGCCUGCGGCGCUAGGCCGAUAAUCGGCCACCUCCACUUAUUGAGAGGCUCAUCAGAACCAGCCCACAUAGUGUUGGGUAAGAUGGCCGAUCAGUACGGACCCAUCUUCACUAUGAAGAUGGGGAUGAAGAGAACCAUAGUCGUCAGCAACUCAGAAAUGGCCAAGGAGUGUUUAAAGACAAAUGACGUCAUCUUCGCCGGCCGUCCGAAGGGUCUAGCCAGAGAAACCCUCGGCUACGACGGUGCCUUCUUUGUCUUCAGCCGUUACGACCACUACUUCCGUAAGAUAAGGAGGAUAGUCAUGACGGAAGCCUUGUCCAGCCACCGCCUCGAAACCCUAAAACACAUUCGGGAAUCCGAAGUGAAGGCGGCGAUAAAGGGAAUCUUUGACAGAAUCAGGAGGAGGGAUGGUGGUGGUUCGAAUUCGAAGAAGGAUUCCGGGGUGGUGGUGGAGAUGGAAGAAUGGUUUGAGGGCAUAAACGAGAACGUGAUAUUUCGGAUGAUAGUAGGGAAACGAUUUUCAGAAGCUGGGAAGAUCUUAAAUUCUGAGAAAGGUGAUUUGAUUUUGAGGGAGAAGAUUAGGGGAUAUGUGAAAUUGCUUGCAGCUUUUGCAGUGUCCGAUACGAUACCAUUCUUGAGGUGGUUGGACUUGUUUAGGGUUAAGAGAGAGAUGAAGAAGAUGGCUAAAGAGGUGGACGUUCUGCUUGAAGGAUGGUUGGAAGAGCAUAAGCAGAAGAGGAAGACGAAUAACUCAAAGAGUGAUAGUGAUGAUAAUGAGGAGAGAGAUUUCAUGGAUGUGAUGAUUUCAAUUCUAGAUGGUGAUGACAAUGUUACUUCUACUUAUGAUGCUGAUACUAUCAAUAAAGCUGUCUCCUUGACUAUUAUCUUAGGAGGUAUAGAUACUAUAACCGGGACAUUGACAUGGAUUCUGACUUUACUUCUCAACAACCGUGAAGUGCUAAAGAAGGCUCAACAAGAGUUAGACCAACAUGUUGGUAGAGAGAGGCAAGUCAAGGAAUCAGACACUGAAAACUUGGUUUAUCUCCAAGCCGUUAUCAAAGAAACCCUGCGCUUAUACCCUCCUGGACCAAUCCCACGGCCUGAUCACGAGUCCACGGAAGACUGCGUCGUCGGUGGCUACCAUAUCCCAGCAAAAACUCGCCUCGUGAUAAAUAUUUCCAAGAUUCAACGUGAUCCGAAGGUGUGGCCUGACCCGAAUGAGUUUCGACCUGAGAGGUUUCUCACAACUCACAAGAGCGUUGAUGUUAGAGGUCAGGAUUUUGAGUUGAUACCCUUCAGCAGUGGUAGAAGAAUUUGUCCUGGAAUGUAUCUUGCCCUAAAGAGUAUGCCUCUUCUACUCGCUUCUUUGCUUCACGGUUUUGAACUUUCGACCCUAGGGGAAGAGCCGGUUGACAUGAGUGAGGCAGGGGGACUGACCAACCAUAAAUCUGGCAAGGUUGAAGUCUUGCUCACUCCACGCCUUCCCGCUCGACUCUAUGGGCAUUAG